AUGCAACUUACCAGCCACAGGUUACCGCACGCGCAUGCUCCAAAAACCGGAGAGGCUACUAAAGCGCUGAGAAAGUUUAUGGAAUCCCAGCGCGAUCCCACAAAUGACCCUGUUGUCUUAUGGCUGAAUGGUGGUCCUGGAUGCAGCUCAUUGGGUGGACUCCUUGAAGAACUUGGACCUUUUCAUAACAAUAAUGACAAUGGCACAACUCUUUACGAAAAUGUAGCUAAUGUGCUAUUCUUGGAAGCACCCGUUGGUGUAGGCUUCUCAUACACGGAUGAUUCUAACUACAAUUGGUCCGAUGAUACCACUGCUGAUAAUAAUGCACAAGCUGUGAAAUACUUUUUCGACGAGGUAUUUCCUCAAUACAAGAAUAAUGAAUUCUUCAUUACUGGAGAAAGUUACGCAGGAGUCUAUGCACCAAUGCUAGCGCUGAGAUUAGUACAAAUGAUCGAUGUUGGGGAUUACAAUGGAAAUUUUAAGUCCGCUUUAUACCAAAUUUCAACUCAAGGAUACAUUUUCAAUUCUCGAGAGCUUUCUGAUAACAACGCAAUUUACAAAUGCGCCUUGUUUUAG